AUGGAAAUAGAAUCAGACGUUCCCCAUAUCCCUAAUCAUAAGUUAUCGGAGAAGGAGUUUUUACUUACUACGUCAAUCUCAGCCGAAGAAAGAAAGAAGAUUGUGGAUGAUUUGGUACAUGCAGUCAAAAGCGAUCAUCUUGCUCCAUACUACAAGUAUUUACACGAACAAGUAAAGGACUUCCCCUUUGAUGAAAGUCUCCACCAAGAGCUCGUUGCAAAGAAUGAGGAGGAGAUUAACGAAUUGAAGCUGCAGAUUAAAGAGGCUGAAGGCGAAGAGGAAACCGAAUUGGAUGUUGUUACCACGACGACAAAAUUGGCUGAGUACUAUACAAAAAUCAUUGAUAGAGCCAACGCUACGGAAACGUUGAACAGAGCGGUGGAAUUGACAUCUGAUACUGGGAAAAAGAUUGACAAUUUGUUGACCUUGACCCGACUUGAUUUUUUCUUCAAUGAUUUACCACAAGUUCGUAAGGACCUUGACCAAGUGUCUGUUCUCAUUGAAAAGGGUGGUGACUGGGAACGUCGUAAUAGGUUCAAGGCUUACAAUGGAAUUUAUUUGCUUGCCACCAGAAACUUUUCCGAAGCAUCAAAGCUACUCACAGAUUCGUUGGCCACUUUUACAUCGACCGAAUUGUGCACAUAUGAACAAAUUGCACAUUAUGCUAUAGUCGCGGGUGUGAUUUCAUUGGACAGAGUUGACUUGAAGGAAAAGAUCAUUGAUUCACCAGAAAUCUUGUCGAUCUACUCAUCAGCCCCAGAGUUGGAGCCUUUACUCAACUUGACAAACUCUUUAUACACAUGCCAGUACAACUGCUUGUUUGACUACCUUUUACAAUCGUAUGACCAGUUGCUAUUGCCAAAUAAGUAUUUGCAUGCUCAUGCAAAUUAUUUCCUUCGAGAAAUGAGAUGCAAAGCUUAUGGUCAAUUGUUGGAGAGUUACAAGUCCUUGUCGUUGAAGUCAAUGGCUGCCAACUUCAAUAUCAGUGAAGAUUUCUUGGACCAGGAUUUAUGCAGGUUCAUUCCAAACAAAAAGCUCAAUUGUGUUAUUGACAAGGUUAAUGGAAUUAUAGAAACAAACAGACCCGACAACAAGAAUAACCAAUAUCAUUUGUUGAUCAAGCAAGGUGACACUUUACUUACCAAGUUGCAAAAAUAUGGGGCUGCUGUGAAGUUGAGUGGAGCUGAGAGAGUUGUAUAG